AUGGAAUCAAUGUUAGGGUUUAACGAGAACUUGCAGGACGACGUCGUAGAAGACAAGAAGCUUGUCCCAUGGAUGAGCUGGGACGAGUGGAAGUUCGUUAGGGUUUCCCUUUUCUCUUCAUCCCCUAAUGCCGUCGCCUCUGCCCUCAAACGAAUAUCCACGUGGCGAAGCAGAGGAUGCAUCCCUGUCGCCAUUGAAGUAACUGCGUCCAUUAUUGAAAUUCAGCAGCAAGAUCCUUACUUUAGGAAUGAAUUGAAUGAUGGCUGUUCUCAAUCAGAGGAAAUGCUCUCCAUGUUAUAUUGUAUGGCUAUUGUGAGGCAAGUGAUUCUUUUUACCUUCUCUGAUUUGCUUGUAAAUGGCAUGGUGGAGAAAACUCGGAAAAAGAAUGAAAUUUCAAUUGGGGAAGCAGCUGAUGCCUUCGGUAUUCCAAGAAUAGUUGUUGACGUUCGUCAUGAGGGUUCCCAUCGUGAUCUUCCUUCUCUUCAACUGGUCCGUAUUGCAUCGAUUAAGGCACUUGAUUGGUUGGUAUGGUAUUAUUGGGAACAGCAAGAAAAAGCUAUUCCUACUAAAAACAACCCUAAUGCCAAUCUCAGGAAAGAAAUCAAGCGCAAAUUACGUGAAGUUGCUCUCUGUCUGAAAGGGCAACAGAUAGCAAAAUCCUCAGACGUAAAAGGGAGACGUGAGUGUUCUAAGAAGCAGUUCGCGAAAUCAUUAAAAAAUAUCCUCCGACUGUAUUCUUCAUUUUCUUCAGAAGUAGUUUAUAUUCUAUUGGAGUACUUGCUAAAUGCGUUGGACACAUUCAAAUCUGAGCAGUUGGAGGAUUCAGAUACUGUAAGCAAUGCUGAAGAUACGCAAACUGCGUUUGAUGACUGGAAAUCUGUCGUCUUGAAAUUGUCGAGAAAGGAACCAGAAUUUCUUGUGACGCUUACACAGGUUAUUCUUGAGAAGAUGGAGAGCAACGAAACUACGGAUCAAAUAAUAGGUAACAAUCAAUUCAAUCUUUCUCCUUUUUUUCCAGAUUUUCUGUGCUUGGUCAUUUGA